UUCUUAAAUCACCGUCAAAAAGUUUGAUUCAAAUUUUUAUAUUUAACUUACUCAUAUUACAAGACUAAGUAGUGAGUUUGCUUACUUUAUAUCAAGUUCGAGUUUUUACAACAAAAUCUAUACAAUAUAGACUUCUAAAGCUGCAGUAGUAUAAUGAGUCUUGGAUCCGCCAGAAGCGGGAAGGAAUUCGACUACGAUGCCCUAUCGCUAGUAAGAGACAAUGACCCGGCCGAGGUGGGGGAUUUGUGGCAGCAGGCGGCGCUUAGACUCACAGAGGAUGAAGAGUCAGCCGGGGCCGGGGGAGGAAGAAGACAGAGGUCGACGAGUGCUUCCAGGAGAUCGGCUAAGAUGCUGGCACUGACCAGACGAGACAGCCAAAACGGCAGAAAAAAAAGCACUGCGAGUACAACCAGUACAAUCUCAAGGUCACAAAGCCAGAAUCAAGGUCAAGUUCAAGGAAAGCGGAGUUCAUAUAAACGUGGGAAAACUGCAGGGCCACCUCCCCCGAUGGAGCGACAAAUGAGGGGUGCUGGGAUGACUAAGGGGGAUUUGACCCGCAUGGCCAGUCAAGCGGCGAAGAUGAUGGUGGCUGUUGAUGCUAUGGCGUCUGGAACAGAGCAGAACCUCUUUGCUGGUUGUAGGAAGUGGAUAGUUGUGGUGUACACGGAGGCCAUAAUGGGUCUCAACUCCGGAUACCGUUUCUACAUCAGACUGCACGGGUUCAGGAGGAGUAGCAAACUAGUGCAGCUGGACAAGUCAGAGACCAACAAGUUCAAGUUCCAGGCAAACCAGGCAGAUGUGUUCACUCUUAUGAUACAAGACGUGGGAGACGUUGAGAAAGUGACAGUCGGAUUCAAGGGCAUUAGACCAGGUAUCACGUGGCGCGCUGGUCUAGUCCGACUGAUAGAUGCGGGCGAUGAUGACAGUAAAGUGCUGGAGUUCCCCAUAGACCGGGAUUUGACAGGGGACGAAUGUUUCAUCACUAUGCCCAGAGACGACCUCGUAUUCGACGAGGCCAAACUGGCCUCGCGUCUCCAGGCUCAACAGGAAUUGGAGUUGAUGCAGGGGGGAUUCUGUGAGCAGCCCCUGUUCUGGUACCAGUUCGGGGGGUGUCAGAUGCACGUGCCAGAGGGGGGAGUGUGUACUGUGAGUCAAAGGUCGAGUGGGGACGUCCCGACUGGGAUCAUGCAGGACAUCACAAAUGUUGUCAGGUGGGAUGGCGUGUACACUGUGUCUUGCAGAGCCAGACUAGUCUCUGGUCAGAGAGGAGGCAGCCAAAGUAGUGGAGUUGUGAGGAUUGUACUUCUGUCGAAACAAGAAGACAAGGAGAAGUUCGAAAUGGACAUCAUUGCACAGGAAAUAGUCCACUGCAAUGCAUCCAUGUCGACUACUGUCAAAGGAGAUCUGGACAUAUCUGAAGUGCUCGUCGGAGACACAAGUGACCACUUCCAGAAGGCAUUCCUCUGCUUCGUCACCGAGGGUCCCCCAUCUCUCACUCUAGAUAUAGAGACUCCUUCUUUGAAGGCCAAGGCCACUGGUGGGGACCAACAAGCAGCAUCGGUGCCAAACAAACUCAAAAACAGUCGAUUCGAGUCCACUUCACAAGUAAGUGAAUUGUGGCGGUGCAGUGGUAUUGGAAGGGUUGAGAGCAGACUCCUCUCUCUCCCCUCCCCCUCUCCCUUCUCCGCAGGCGCGAAGGGGGGCACAGGAGGGGGGAGGGGAGGGGGAGGGGGAGGGUCGGAGAGGAAGAGCAGGGCGGUGGUGCUGACUGAAAGACCCUUCCAAGCAUCUUCUGUCACUCUAAAUAUUCGACAUCUGGUCAACGCAGGCCGAUAUUACCAAUUGAGCUGUGAAGUUGUGUUGUACAACGGAGGAGGCGAACAAGUAUCCGACGAAUACCCGAACGAAGAGGACUCGACUGCCAAACCGAUCGGCGACGAGAGCGCCAAGAAGUCGGCUGUGUUCGCCUGUUUGGUGUUGUCGCCGAAUGUUCAAGACGAAAAAUGGGCAGGAAAAGAUAGAAAAAGGGGAGGGGGUUCCGAGGGGGAGGAAGGCGAAGAUGGGGCGCAGGAAGAUCGAGUGGAGAAUAUUGCGUUUCUUCAAAACGUUGGAUCCCAGAAGCCAGUGUCUCUCUUGGGAGAGUUCCACAUCCCAGCCGACGAUGAACUCCCAAGUAUGGUCACUCUCCAAUUCCAUUGUGUGGACAACGAAACACGACUGGCGGUCAUAGGGGCCAAACUGAGACUACUCAAACCGACAAACAGACGAAUCUUAAAUUGCUUCCCAUUCGGAAAGCGUUAAAAUCGAAACUCUGGCUUAAACUGAAAACAUUUCAUCACUCUAAAAAUGUUCAUCGAAUAAAUUGUGGUUCAAUUU